GCUGCUUUUGAAUGUGACUGUCUUGACUCUUUUAUCCCUUACUUGAUAGGUGCCUAGGUAGUUAUCGUUGGCCAAGAUGAUACGACAAAAGAGCCGAAUUUACGGCAAUAGGCUGAUCGCCAUGAUCACGCUUGUCGAUGCGUUAUCGUCAUGUUGGUUUGGUUAUGAUCAGGGUGUAUUUGCCGGCGUUCUCGUUUCGGAGGACUUCAAAGAGCAGUUCCCUCAGGUGCUUGAUGCAAACAUAUCAGGCAUCACCUCCAGUUGCUUCUUCAUUGGAGCUUUCAUAGGGUCAAUAGCGGCCUUUGUGUUGGGUGAUAGACUUGGGAGGAGGAAAACCAUUGCCUGGGGGUUGCUUUGCAACUUCGUGGGAGCAAUUCUCCAAUUCCUGGCGUGGCAUCUACCCCAGAUGAUUAUCGGGCGCUUGAUAAAUGGUUUUGGAAUCGGGUUGACAUCGACUUCUACUCCAGUUUUCCUAUCCGAAUGUGCGAAAUCACAUCACCGAGGCAAACUAGUCGUCAUCGGUACCGCGUCUAACGUCACCAUGUUUUCGCUGGCAAAUUGGAUCGCUUACGCCUUGUACAAUCAGGAUGGGCCUUUUCAAUGGCGAUUUCCUCUUGCCUUCCAACUCGUUUUCUUCUUCAUGAUAGCGCCGCUUCUGAUCUUGGUGCCGGAAUCACCGAGGUGGCUAUUAUUAGCUGGCAAGAAUGAGAGUGCCCUAGAGGUACUUAGUCGACUCUCUGGGAAGGAUAUUCCAAUGGAUGAUGUUGCUGUUGUGAGCGAAUUUCGCUCUAUCAAAUCCGCUAUUGAGCUCGAGAGAGAAGACCGUCCGCCGAUAAUAGACGUCCUGUGCUUCCGCGAUAAGACGCAUAACUUCCGGCGCCUGAUACUUUCUUGCGGCACGCAGUUUAUGCAACAAUUCAGUGGAAUAAAUGCGUUAGGAUUUUAUCUUCCCACACUAUUGACACAGCAUGUUGGUUUCAACGAAGAAAUGAGUCGGCUUAUUACUGCUAUCAAUGGUACAGUCUAUUCAGUCUCGGCAUUUGGAAGUGUGAUCAUCAUUGAUAAACUCGGUCGACGCAAGAUGCUACUGUACGGCUCUUUCAUGAUGGGAAUAUGUCAUCUGAUUGCCUCCUUAACUCUCAGAUCGAGUGAACUUGAUGAGUCCAGGAGAAAGCUUAUGGGAAAUGUAACUACCGCGAUGUUCAUCGUAUUUCAUACGUUCUUCGGACUUACCUGGGCUUGUGUGCCGUGGGUCUACAGUGCCGAACUAUCUUCAUUAGGUUGGCGAACACGAGGCGCUGGAGCUGCAACAGCAACGAACUGGCUCUUCGGUUUCGUGGUAACUCAAUUCACAAAAGUCGGCAUUGAUAGUCUUAAUUGGGCGUUCUAUCUGAUAUUUGCCGUGUUUUGUUUCUCCUAUUUUCCGAUAGUACUUUUGUUUUACCCUGAAACAUCAAAUCGUACCCUGGAAGAUAUGGAUCAUAUGUUUUUACAAAAUCCAUCUAUAUUUGUUCUGGGUAAGCCGGAAAUGACUCAGAGCAGACGACCGGGAAGUUUCGCUGUGGCGGAAGCUGAACGCAUUGCAAGAGGAUGAUGAAUAGUUUUUAUCUGAAAGGGACAGAUGGCAAGUUCUGAGUAUAUUGUAUCAUGGCUUAGCGUAUAGAUAGACCUUAGCAUGGCUACCUGGUACGUUAAGUAAACACAAUGAAGUCGUAUUACCUGAACUUAUUAGCACAUAAAAUCUGGCAUAUUCAAGAGCGAUACAUAAUCCUCAAAUGUCUGGAAAUUUCCAGAAACGCACAAGCACCGUAGAUACAACGAACGGAGCGUUGGGUGUUAUAUAUUAAUCUCCAUUCC